AUAUAAUUACUUCAUUUUGUGAGAGGCAAAUACCUGUCGGCUAUUUGGAUAGGAAUAUCCUGGUGGGCUUGUGGCGUGUUUAACCUGUGAUUGUUGUCAACCAUUGAGGGUUGAUGUCAGAUGUGAGUGGAUAAACAAAUUGUGAUGUCGUAUUCAGUGAAUAUAUCGGUGGAGGCACCAAUUGAAAAUCAGAUUCAGGAGAUAACUUAUGAUGGACAAGAGAUUUAUCAAGCACCCCUUACCCUCUCGGAGAAUCUGGCAAAGAUCGCCCAGAAGAUCGACUUCAGUAAACCCAACGGUGAGGAGGCUCGAAAGGAGCCGACCCCGGAAAACGGUGACAAGAGUGAAGAAGAUUCCCGCGAUUCUACGUCCUUCCAAGCGUCCCUAUGGCCAUGGGACAGCGUUCGUUCGAAGCUCCGAAAUGCCCUAACCGAGGUGUGCGUCCUCGCAGACGUCCUGGCCAUCGCCAAAGAGAAGCGCUACAUGGUCCUGGAUCCAGUCGCCCAGGAGUCGCCGGAGGUGAAACCAAUGGUCCAGGUUUAUGCGCGUAAAAAAGCUCUGGCGGGUGCAGCAUCAGUCCUGAUGAUGGGCGCUGAGAGGUUAAGAAACUCUCAGAACGAGCUUGCACGCAACCGCACAACCCCAGACUUCCACAUCGAGCUGUUAAGGCUCCGACAGAACUGGCGUCUCAAGAAGGUCUCCAACUCGAUAAUAGGGGACUUGAGCUACCGAACAGCGGGCUCCAAAUACACCCAGACAGGAAUGUUCGAGGUGACAAAGGCAGAGGAGGAGGACAAGCCCCAGACGAGCCCCCCUGCGUCGCCAAAUCCAAACGCUCCAGUUCCUCAGUCACAAGUCCAUAGCCCAAAGGCCUCCGCCCUUCGAGUCACAAUCCCCAGUGAACUCCAGGGUGUCGCCUACAUCGAGGUCCUCUGUCAGAAGGACCAGGAGGACCUCUGCAGCGCCAAUAUCAACCUCCUCAACUCCAGCACUGCCUCCUCGAACGCUGACAUGCACUGGCAGCAGAAGCUCGAGGCUGCGCAGAAUGUUUUGUUCUGCAAGGAAUUGUUCAGCCAACUGGCGAGGGAGGCUGUCCAUCUAAGGGCUCCCAUCCCGCACAUGGUGGUGGGUAAUCAGAUCAUGGCUACAGUUCUUCCUGGGAUCCAGCUGAUAAUUGGUCUGUGCCACAGCACGGGGAACGAUAAAAAGGCCAGUCCACCACCUCACAAGUCCGAUCAUGACCACGUUUUGGAGCACUCGUUGCAUCAGCUGUUGAGGGAGGUCCAUCAUAAAAAUACUCAUCAUCCUUUCCCUCAUCCAUCUUCGGGGCCUCUGGGGCCGAGCAAAAGGAGGUGCUUGGCUGGUCCUACUGCUGCUGAUAGGUAUGAGCUGAUUGAGAUGACCAAAAGUCAGACGUUACUCGAGCAGAUCAUCCAGCAAGCCCAGCACUUCUUCAUGAGAAUCAGAACGGAGUAUGUUUUGGAUACUAUUGCUAAGGAAGUUAAGGAUCCUCUGAUUGUUUCUCACUGGAAUGCACUCAAUUCGCCGACCCAGUCUUGCGUCAAAAUCAAUAUCUGGACGAAUGGUUAUGAUACGGUCUGUCGGACCUCUUUGGUAGUUCACGUGGGGGAGAAGUCACUCAAGUGUGUUUGCAGGGAUGGGAGAGUCAUGCAUAUGAGUUAUGAACCUCAGGAGCUCAGGGACUUGAUCUUUUGUCAGAUUCAUCAGCAUCAGAUUACGGCGGUACAGAAUCUCGCCAAGUGCAUGGGCUGGCAAUUCCUGGCAAAUAGUUCACAUCUGGGUUUGGGGGCUGUUGAACCACUGGGAAAUGCUAGCAGCUGUAUUCUUGCCUCUCCCAUUGGUGAUAGGAUGAUUGCUGUACGUUGUGAGCCACAAACUGGGGUUCAGGUUGCAAUAGCUCACGCUCCGCGUAAGGACUUUUUCCCUGGACAACUAGUACGGGAAAGGAAAUGGGAGAACCUAGGCGGUUCAUUCAAGGAGGUACGGUGGGAUAAGAUGGAAGGAAAGAACUUUCUCAACAAGAUGGAAUUGCUCAUGGCCUCGCUCACCAGCUCAUAAUUCAAUUUAUUAAUUACAUUGAAUCAACGAUUGAGCCUUCCUCGAUGUUCUCGAUGACAUCAAUUUAAUGUUUAAUCAAAUGUAUAUAAAGAAAUGCAGAAUUAAAGAAAAAACUGAUUUUAUUAUGAAAAUCUUGAAAAAUACCAGACUAUUCCACAAAAUCUGUCUCCUCGAAUCAUACGAAUAAAUAAUUACAAUCAAUCCUGCAUUAGAGUAUCCAUCCUUCUGGUCAACAUGUAGAUGUUACAGUUGGGACAAAUAGGGACAAGCCGGGGUAAAAUGGACAUCGAAGCUGAAUAAAAUGACUGGGCCAAUAGAACGCAGGUCGAAGUACGAUAUUUAAAAAAUGUUGACAUAUCUCUAAUUCUAGAUAUGUCCAUAUCACCCUGGGUUUCCCCUAUACAGUAGCGAAGUGAUCAUUAGAGUUCUGUUAAUACCAAUAUGAUUGGUAGUGUGCACCCGAAUGGAUGUGUAGCAAUUACAUUAAAGGAAAUUUGGAAUAUGUCAAUCUCUAGAGAGCGCCUAAACAUUUCUAGUGAAAAAUUUAACAAUUAAAAUAUUCCGAAAUUUGUUAGGGGCGGGUAUACGUGUAUUGUCUAUACCAUUUCCAAGAAAAAUUGGAAAAAGGGAAAAUCGAACAAUCGUAAUUAAAAAUCGCGAUGGGCUUACCAAAAAAAUCGACUGACCACUUCGCUAUAGAAUUCUUCAACUUCUUCAGUUUCGCGCGAAACACAUGGGAAUGUUUUGGAACUUUCCACCAGCUAUCUUGAAUGCCAACGCUGCAGUGAUAGUGAGUACAGUGUACGCUGCCAGCAGGCUAGGACCACAGAUCUCGAGUUUAUUUAGCAGGGUCAUGCACGACACGAAUAAAUGUGAGCAAAUCACCCAGGCGAGUUGUCCCCAGUUUUUUCUAUCCAGUGCUGAGAAGAAUAUAACGCCCCAGAAUGUGUGGAGGAGAAUGAAGCAGAGAGUGGUGGCUGCUGAUAGGAUGAAGAAGUACUCGUUGCCCUGACGAAGACCCAUUGUCCCAGGACCAACGGCGUCCGCUAGGACAUUCACGAGGGCAAAUGCACCACUCAUGAAACCGAAACCCAGACCACAAACGUAGGCGAAUAUGUGUCUGCUGUCGGCCACAUGCGCUGUUGUCACCUUCUCCAGACCUUUCUCUGCUUUCCUCAGGACGCAGUAAAGAAGGAACCUGAGGAGAGAAGCCUUGAGAUUAUUUAUUGCAAGAAUUCGUGGGGACAACUAAGGUCGAUCAUAUUUUUUGAGCAGAUUUUUCAGCUUCAGAAACAAAUCUGAUGUCAUGAAUCACUGACCUGAAUCCUUCCUGGAAGAGCACCGAGAAAACGAGCCCAAAGGCCAGAUGCUUCUGCAAAGGAACCACUGCAUACCACAGAAUAGACGACAGCAGCAGCGAUAUCAACCAGAAAAAUGCACUAGCUAUCAGAAUAAUUAUCCUAAUUGGCUCCACUGAUACUGUAAAUGUGAACAAUGCCAAGGGGGGACCGAAGGCAAGGAGGGCACAGCCGAAGAAGUCCAUCACUGCCAUUUUUACCCUCUUGUAUUAUCAGCACUGAGGUCAGAAAAAACUCAGACAACUUAGGAACUACCGAUUUAGAUGCAUCUCGAAGAAUACUAAAAUGUGUCUAAUUUAUUUCUAAUCUUCGAAAUCCCGAAGGUACUAUUGACAAAUCCUGAAAUUAGGGUUACAGUUAUUCACCAAAA